AUCAGACAGUUGAACCCCGGCGAUCGUGCUGCUGGCAGACAGAAAGCGCUUGAUUCUGCACGUCUUCCCGGGGUGUGUCCAUGGUUUCUUAACCUUUCAGAGAUACGAGCUUGGCUGAAUGGAACGGGUCCCCAGCUCCUCUGGCUCCAUGGUCCAAUCGCUAACCAUAUUCAAUCCGACGAACGACUGCGAGCAAACAACUCUGCAGUUGCUGUCGUCUACGCCGAUAAAAGCUACGAACACCGGAAUAUCGCCGAUUGGAACCUCCGACUAUCAUCCGUGGCCAGGCAGCUCGCAUCUCAACUGCAAACUUCCUCCGCUGCUCUACAAAGGGCUCUGAUCAAGUUCUCUGAUACUGAUGACGACGAACUUCAUUCGGUUCUGCGGACACUGGCCUCCGAGUUUAAAACCGUCUUUGUUGUCUUUGAUGGAAUUGGCAAGGCAACCACCAAAAGUUUGAAGGCGCUAAUGCGUGCCCUUGGUGGAGGCCAUGAAGAGAAGGCUUCGUUCCAGGUGUUGAUAACCAGUCGUGAUCCACCUCCCAAUGCCUUCAAGGCUCAGUUCGAGGUCUCCGUUGUUAAGGCUUGGGCUGGUAGUAUUGACUUGAAAGCUUAUGUGACGUCUCAAUUGCGAGAUGCCUUCCCAGAUAUUUCUCAUUUGGAGCUCUCCAAGGUAAACACAUUGCUUGAUGCCGACGUUUCUUUCACUUGUGACGGAGUCUUCUCGCCUCUACCUUUGCUCUACCUGUGCGCCGAGCCCUCAGAGGUUAUAGACACUCUCUCUACAAUGAUCGCGUCAGCUCAGGGGCAGUCAACUUCUGAUGGCAUGCAGCAAUCUUGCCGCAUGAUAAUGGCACAAAUCAAACCAAGCAAAUGGGGAGACAUGAUCUGCUGCGUCCUCUAUCACCUGGUCAAAAUUAACGAGUUCGGGUAUGAGUUCACGAUACCAAUGGCAGUAGACGCUCUCGAUGCUUGGAGGAUAUUCCAUCAAGACGGAUCCCCAUAUACCGCCACGGACAUUCUCGAGAUUUGCGCUGGGCUUUACUACUUCAGCGAUGACAACCAAACCGUUCGCAUGCGGUCUCCUCUUCUAGAGAAUUAUCUUCGGCACGAAGAGUUUGGCAGAGAAUACGAAGAGCUUUGUACGACAGCACAGAUGCGGUAUCUAUGCAAACCUGAAUUCUCCAACGGAGCUUGUGCCUCCUCGAAUGAGCUUCGCGAACGGUUCAAAAACAACAGAUAUCUCUGGUACGCGGCGAGGAUGUUGGCUCCUAAUCUCCAUCAGCACAUCCCUAAAUCCUUCAUAUCAGACUUUAUGGAACUUUCGUCCAGCCAGGGGUCAAUUGACUCGUAUCUACAAGCAGCCAACGCUUGGCCAUACCAAGAUGAAGUCUCCUACGACGAGUUGGAGGAAGAUUUAGAGUACUGGAAUAGCUUCACACGCGGCUUUCGACCUCUCCAUCUUGCUGUGCAACUAUCGGACUCAGCCCUGUUGAUCCAGGCCUUGGCAGAACGAGGGGAGGAGCUUGAAGGGCGUAACAAGGACGGUCAAACUGCACUGCACAUAGCUGCGCAAAGCCAAGGGGAGUGCAAUGCCCUCCGUGCUCUUCUCACGUGUGGGAGCGACGUGUCUGCCGUGGAUGAGAAUGGCGAAACACCACUGUCUCUGGCGAUUGUGUGGGGAAGCGUCGAGUCUGUCAAGUUGCUAUUUGACUAUGGCGCGGAUAUCAGCACCGUUGAUGAGGAAGCUCUUGAGAUGUGUACACAAGAAGAGCCGGAGAUUGCCAAGUAUUUGGCUGAGCGGGGUGUCGAGAUGCCGGCCAACGAUGACAAUGAUGAC